AAAUCAUGCUAUAUUUAUUUAUUUMUUAGUCAACACUCAACUUAGCCUAUAAUAUUGAUGAGCUGAGGAAUACGUAUGAUGCUCCAGGGUUGAACCGUUGGCAAAAUAAUGCUAAUGGCUCAACUGUAGCUAAAAUGCAACACAAGUACUGGGUAACUAAACAACAAGUAUGUAAAAAAUUGGGUAAAAAGGACGACGAAUUCAUAGUAGCUUCCGACGCUGAACUCGAUGCUAAAUUAGAAUUAUUUAAGUCUAUUCGUGGUAGUUGUCAACAUUUGCAAAGGAUUGUCAAUAAAUACGAUGAAAAAGUUUAUAAUUUAGCAUAUGAAGAAAAUCAAAUGGGCCUGUUUUUAAAAAGAUCUGGAAACAAAGAUCAAACUAAAGCUGGUGAGAUGAUGCAAAUUUUGGGAAGUUGCAUGGCACAGUCAGGACAAGAGAGAAUUGGCUUACGUACGCCAUUAGCCAGAUUACAUCAGGUAUAA